AUGAAGCGGCUGCAACUCCAACGAUGGAGCAGUACGGUUCUUUCACCGCGAGCUCAGGCUGGUAACAAACUGCAUCAACAUCUCUGCUCUGCCAGUUUACGGCACCAAUCGACUGCCGCGCCCCUUCAAGCCGAAUCGGCCGACCAAGAUGUCUCCAUGGAUGCGAGCUUCCAGGAUCCCGAGUUGAUGCGCCAUGUCCGAAGUAUUCACAGACGCAAGACUCAGCUGCAAUAUCCCUCUCCACCCGUCGAAGCCGCAACGAAAUCCGCCAAACUUGCCGCCCUUCACGCUCGCCUAUACCUUCCUUCUCGACUACCCGUUGAAACACUUGCGCGAACCCUGGUGGAUGCCUCUGCAGACCCCAAUGCCGAUUUCAACAACGAAUCGCUGGCUACCCUUGGUCACGACCUCCUCACAUACUACACCUCCGAACAUCUCCUUUGCAAAUACCCCCGUCUGCCUUUGACCGUCAUUUUCGCCGCGAUGUACGCCUAUGUUGGUCCCAAGACCCUAGCUGUGAUGGCCAAGGAAUGGGGUGUUGACCUCGCCGCUGCUCCUGGUGGAGAAGUUGACGCAGGUUACCUGCAAUUCCGGAGGCUCGAUCCCGGAACCGACGUGAACGCAGCUACAGAUGCCAAGACACCGCGCCCGUAUGCUAACGCCGCCAAGUGGAGGAAGACUGUUACCUCAAAGAUCUUCUAUGACGACGAGUUCGGCGACCCGAUCAAGGGACCCCGUGACGAUGGUGUCACGGCCGAGCUGGCCAGCGCUACUUUCGUGCGUGCUGUAAUGGGCUCCGUCUACUUACACGCCGGUCGUCCCGCUGCCAAGCGAUUCUUCGAACAACACAUUCUUUCCCGAAGCUUGAACAUCUCAGAUCUUUUCAACUUCUCCCAGCCAGCUCGUGACCUGGCUCGUCUGUGCGCGCGUGAGAACUUUGAGAAGCCCGUUGCCAAGAUCGUCAGUGAGACUGGUCGCCUCAGCAGACACCCUGUCUUCGUGGUUGGUAUCUUUUCUGGCCAGGACCAGCUGGGUGAGGGCGCUGGCGCCAGUCUGCUUGAGGCUCGGGAGCGUGCUGCUCUCGCUGCGCUGAAGGGCUGGUACCUUUACAGCCCGCUGGAUGUGCGGGUUCCCAGCUCCAUGGAAGAGGACGGUGCCUCACCCUGGAAGCCUGCUCACGUUGACUUGGGUGAGGUUAUCACUUAA